CUGUCCACCCGGACCCCUGUCUCUCAUACGGGCCACUGGCGAAUUCUUCCUUCAGCACUCUGACUCCACUAGCCAUGGGCAGCACACAAAUCGCACAGCAAUUGCUGCAGUCGGCGCGUGUCGCCCCGGAAAUCUUCCAGCUGCGUCCGGAUUACCGCGCCCUCUUGAUGGUGGUAGAGGGUAUUCCUCCAGGGCCUAGCGAUGAGUCUAGCGAGGCCUUUCUGCAGGAAGCAGAAACGACAGUCCAAGAAUUGCUGUCAAAAUCACCCGUGACGGAACUUCCACAUAUCGCGGCGUGGCGGGAGGCGUAUAAGGCUUUUGGGGCCAAGCCCCAGAAAACACGCAACAGUUUAGAGGCCUUGACACGGCGUGCAGCGACUGGCUUACCACGGGUCAACCGGUUAACCGACAUAUACAACGCAAUUUCGGUCAAGCAUCAAAUCCCCUUCGGCGGCGAAGACCUUGACAAGUACGACGGAGCGCCAUUCCUGGUGCGCGCCACCGGUCAGGAGCCGUUCCAGACUUUCUCUGGGGGUGAGCCCCAGACUGAGUUGGCCGCACCCGGAGAGCCGAUUUGGUGUGAUAAUGCUGGCAUUACGUGCCGCCGCUGGAAUUGGCGACAGGGCCCACGCACGGCGCUGACGGACGACACCACGCGUGUACUAUUCAUUCUGGAUGCCUUGCAGCCGCUUUCAGACGAUGCUCUCCUACAAGCUGCGGACGAACUGGCCUCGGCCUUGAAAAGUCUAUCUCCAGAAGUACAGACAUCGCAACGUGUUAUUGAUGCUUCUUCAGCCUGAACUUGCCCCGAGCAACUAUGAUAGUCAUUGGAAUGCAUGCGGAUGAUACUGUUUAUAAUGACGUUAGAGUAUAGUGUCGGCUAUAGACAACAUGCUCAGUUUCUCGGGGGAACAUGGGCUGUAGUCGCGCCAAGGAUGUGUCGAAGAUGGCAAGAGUCAUACCAGCUUGCGGCGUUACGUGGGUUCGAGAAAACUGCAGUGGGGGGGACGGGCUGGUUAUACAGGCCUCUGGCCCUAAGCACCUCUGUCGUCACACUGGCAGAUUGUGUUUAUGACAUGCUUUUAUAUAUGGGUUUCUGCGCGCAACAAAG